AUGUCUCUUGGAUUUUCUUAAAAUUCAUGUCUAUUUACCUUUGACCAUGGUUUAAAUAUACGAGGUUAUUGGAAAAGUAGGUACUCCCUCUAUAUCAUUUUAUCACAUUAAGGAAUUAAAAUGGCAGCGUAAGUGGACGACAUAUACUGGUUAUACUAUGAAAUAUACUGAGAUAUGGACUGACCGAUACGCAGCAAUUUUAUUUUUGUUUGAUAACAAUAUAGACUAUGUGCAAUAACCUUGUAUAUUUAAGCCAUGCCUUUGACCAUCCAUACAAUUUUCAUAGCUCUUUUUUGAGAUUUGACAUGAUCAAUCAUGUCAUUGACUUUUCUAGAAAUAUAAAAGCCAUUGCGAUAUUUACACUAAAAAAUUCGAGCAUGAUAUUUUGGUUAGAUAUUCGAUCCAUUAGGUAUGGAAAAUAGAGUGUUAAUCUUCGUUGUAUCAGGCUAAAUAAUAUAUAUUUUUAUAUUGCCACUGCGUUCACAAGUUUGUGUAGUAGAUUAUAAUGAUAUAUAAAAAUAGUAACAAACUGAAAUUGAUCUAUGUGUAUUGUGUUACAUAAUUUAUAUGUUCAUAGGGGAAUUUCAUACAUUUAAUAUGACAGUAUUUAAAUUCUUUGAAGAAAAGAAAAUGACCAUCGUUCAAAAUCGUAUCGGUGAUACUUUACUAAAUAAAAACAAUCAUCACCUGUUUGAUACUGUUGCCAAAACUAAUAGUAUGAAAACUGAUUUCACCAAUUUAUUCUUUCACAAUGGGAACCAACUUAAGAUGGUAGACAGAGCAAAAAAAUUGACUUUGAAAAUCAAGUUUAGUGAAAAUUAUCCACUAGGAAAGUUUGUUGCUGAGUAUAAACCUACCGGUGACACAGGUUACUUAAAAAACGUGUCAGCGUUUUGUACAGAAUACAGCGUACGUCCUUAUUUUGAAGCACCUUUCAGAAGACUUGGAAUUUAGAAGAAAGUCUAUUGCAGGUACCUUAUAUAUACGCAAGUGAACUAUCAAUUACUACUAUAAUAUUAUGUAUUUAUUAGUCAAUAAUUUCACUCUUGACAAGAGGCUGACCUGGGGGCCUCACUUAUCAAUAAAACUACAACUAGCAUAUCAACGUCUAUCGAUACUAUUUUCAAUAAUAAAUAAAAAAUCAGUCAUUCAAAAAAAAAAUUUCAAUCCUAAUAUACAAGCAACUUCUACUGCCAUUAAUAACUUAUUCUUGUCCAGUAUGGGGGAACUUUUCGGCUAUACACACCUAAAAAAAAAUCCAAAUAUUUCAAAAUAAAGUGCUAAGAAUUAUUACAAAUGCUCCGUGGUUCGGAAUGAAAAUAUUUACAAAGACCUACAAAUUGUUAAAAUCGAAAACCUUAUACGCACACUAUCAAAAAAAUUCCAUAGUUCAUUACUCAACUAAACAGGCUCACUUCACUACAAUCUCGAUAUUCAUCCACCACGCUCUAAUGACGUCUGAAACGCGGCCGCCCUCGUGAUCUCAUUAUUCAAAAUCAACCUCCAGUCUAAUCUGUACAAUGUACAUAUUGUAAUAGUUUUGCUUUUAUAUAGUAUCUCAAGUAUCUGUAACCAUACCGUAUUCAUAUAUUGUAAUAUUUAGAAUAUUUAUUUUAUUUAGCUUAAUUGUAUACAUCUGUCCAUAUUUUAUAUUUAUAAUCAUCCUUUUAAAAUAGCUACAAACUAAUAUUGUCUUUUAUCCAUAGAUAUAGAUAGUCUGCAACGGCUAGGAAUGACUUAUUUUAUUAAUAAAUAAAAAAAAAAAUAAAAUUAGUCAAUAAUUAAAAAAAACUAAAUUAAAU